CUCCGUCGCUCGGGAUCGCGAAGCGCUUCGGAGCCGGUGUCCGAGCCAGUCUACGCAUCAGGGAACGAGAGGGAGGAAGAGGGAAAAGGCACCUCUUCAGAUACCCCACCCUGACCGCUGACACCUGCGUUUGGACCCCCGCGGCGUCUCCUGACGUGGAGCUGACACUCUGCAGUGAGCCCGGAGAUCUUAAUGGAAUGCAGCUAACUGAAUUAUUAAUGUCAAGCCCGGAAGACCCCUGCCACUUUGAUGUGUGAGCACACCCACCGAUAAUGGCCCAUAGGAUACGCAGUGGAAAUACAGCUGAGGCAGACGUGUUCAUGUAUCCCGUCCAGGUCGACCUGCAGACUCUCUCCGGCAAACACAUCUGACUUUUAAGAGAUCCCUGCGAGAGCGUGCACGGCAUGAGGCUUGUGUGGAAAUCUCUGGACAAGAUGAGGUGUCUGAGGAAACGCUCCACUAUUCCCUUCCUCGGCUUCCUCAUCACCUUCCUCCUCUUCCUGAACCUCUACAUUGAAGAUGGCUACGUGCUGGAAGGCGAUAAAAGACAGCUCAGAGAAACAUCGGUCCACCCGCCGAGCUCAGAGCGAUAUGUUCACACCUUCAGAGACCUCAGUAAUUUCUCUGGAACCAUUAAUGUCACAUAUCGUUAUCUCGCUGGAACCCCACUGAACCGCAAGAAGUAUCUCACCAUCGGACUGUCAUCAGUCAAAAGAAAAAGAGGAAACUACCUCCUGGAGACGAUCAAAUCCAUCUUUGAUCAGUCCAGUUACGAGGAACUCAAAGAGAUUGUGGUUGUGGUCCACCUUGCAGACUUUGAUCUGGUCUGGUGUGAGAACCUGGUGCAGGAGAUCACCAGGAAGUUUGCUCACCACAUCAUAGCCGGGCGCCUCCUGGUGAUCCAGGCACCAGAGGACUACUAUCCAUCUCUGGAUGGGUUGAAACGGAACUAUAACGACCCGGAGGAUCGGGUCCGUUUCCGCUCUAAGCAGAAUGUGGACUACGCUUUCCUCCUAAACUUCUGCACAAACCUCUCUCACUUCUACAUGAUGUUAGAGGACGAUGUGCGCUGCUCCAGGAACUUCCUGACGGCGCUGAAGAAGGUGAUCACCUCCAGAGAAGGUUCCUACUGGGUGAUGCUGGAGUUCUCCAAGCUGGGCUACAUCGGGAAGCUGUACCACUCCAAAGACCUGCCGCGUCUGGCUCAUUUCCUCCUCAUGUUCUACCAGGAAAUGCCCUGCGACUGGCUCCUCAUCCACUUCAGGGGCCUGCUGGCCCAGAAAGACGUGAUCCGCUUCAAGCCCUCGCUGUUCCAGCACAUGGGCUACUACUCUUCAUACAAAGGAGCGGAGAACAAGCUGAAGGACGACGACUUCGAGGAAGACUCCAUAGACAUUCCUGACAACCCUCCUGCCAGCCUUUACACGAACAUUAACGUCUUUGAGAACUACGACGCCACAAAGGCUUACAGCUCUGUGGAUGAAUACUUUUGGGGCAAGCCUCCUGCUACUGGAGACUUCUUUGUUAUAGUCUUUAAUAAAUCUACUAAAAUUAGUAAAAUUAAGAUUGCUACCGGUUCUGAUGACCGUCAGAAUGACAUUCUUCACCACGGAGCUCUGGAAGUAGGAGAGAAACUAGUCGGGACUAAGAAAGGGAAACAGUGUUCCUCGUAUAUCACAUUAGGGGAGUUUAAAAACGGCAACAUUGAGGUUCAAGAUGUAGACCACAAAAUUGCCUUUGACAUUGAGUGUGUUCGCAUUGUGGUGACAGCCAGUCAGAAAGAAUGGCUCAUUAUUAGAAGUAUAAGUUUAUGGACUACACAACCCCCCAGCCAAUGAGGACUAAAGACUCUUAGUAAGUCAUAGAGGCAAAGGUUUUUAUUAUUAUUAUUAUUUACUAAUGUAUGUAUUUCCAGGUUUAUUUAUUCAUUUUGUAUGUAUUUAUUGAUACUCAUUUUGACUGCCAAAUCAGUCUAUAGUUUUUUAUACCUGCAAGUUGUAACCUUAGAGGAGAAUCAUCCCAGUCAUUCUUAAGGACUGUUCAACUGACCUCAGAGUAUUCAUGGACGUAUGCUUUCAUAAAUGUUCCACAAGUCUUUAUUUAUUUCAUCUUUUCAUAGCUUUCCUUAAUGUAGGGUUGGACAAUAAUUUGCUACUAUGUUUUACCAAAUGUAAUUGAUAAUGUAUGACAUAUCACCAUACACAUACCUUACAUAUCAUCAUAUAUCACUUUGUGUCAUUAUUUUACAACUAUCUCGUAUCUAGGAUGACGCUUAUAAUAUUCCAUAUUUGUCUAAACAUCAUCAAGUCCGAUGAAAAGACCAAAACCGACAAAGAACUGAUCAUAGCAACAAGUAUGAUAUUUUAUUCUCACAGAGAAGGAGGUUAAAUUUGAAUUAAAAAAAAACUGCCAUCAAAACAAUAUGAUUAAACUACAGUAAAAAGCUACAUUCUUUGGUUUCGGAAAAAGGUGAUUUGAGUCAAAAUUAGGUAUGUUACCGACUCCACGUAAUUUAAAUUAACACACAGUCAACUUGUGUAAGUCCUGUGCUUUUUUAAUACUACGUCACCUGACUUCCUCUUUUGCUCGCGUCAUACUCACUAAGACCAGUAGAGCUCGUCGCCUACCAAACACUGAACAUUAGUGAGUAGGCUACAUGAGUACAUGAGUAGGCUGCUUACACAGAUGACCUAUACAUCUGCUUUUCUGGUGAAGACAGGCAGCCUAUUCCUCUACAACUCCACUGUCAUCUGAAAACUACUAAAAUCAGUGGGAUUUGUAGACAAACAUAUAGAAUAAAGCCAGCCUUUUGUUUUAUGAAUUCAAGGAGGUUUUGUCUGGUGUAAAGCGUAAUUUAUUGCAUACAUAUCGUAUCACAAUAACAGAUAAAUAUCAAUAUAAUUAAAUAUUCAACAGGGACAUUUCAUAUUGCUCAGCCCUGCCAUCACACUAUAUUUUGAGGCUCUUCAGAAAGAUGCUUCAAGUGUGGAACAAGGACAAAUGAAUUUAUAACAGUUGAUCACUGUUGCUUUUCCAAAUCCUGAACAACUUAGUAUUAAAGGGGAAAGGGAUUGCUAUGAUUUUUUUUUUUUUUUUCAAAAAAUUAAAGCUAUAGUGUCCUCAGAAAUCUUUUUGUUACUGAUAUUGAGCCUGCACUAGUGUAGCCCUGGGAUCCUCUGAGAAAGGCCCCAUCUGGCCCUUUAUUAUUGUCCUCCUUCAAAACCCUCCAGGAAGGUAUCAGAGGUCAUUGUUGCCUUGAAUAUUCAUCAUGUCGCACUUAAAUUGUCCAGUGUUAAAAAUGAUUUCCCGGUUUAAUCAUCUCCUUCUUAUUGUUUGAGGCACAGGCGUGUGAGUGGACUGAGCGCACUGUAUGUCCGAUCAGGGCUGCUGACAGGAGAACAAUGUUUGUUUUCACCCAUCUUCUCCAAGAGCUGAGAUUAGAUUGCACAGUGAAGAAUGGGCCAGGUCUGCUCUUAGGUCUCUUUUUUUUUCACCACAGCACAAUUUUCCCUCAGUAAAUUGGUCUGUGUUUGCCUCACUCUCUACACCAGCAAAACAACAUCUCCCCUGAAGCUAUAGGAUCUCAAUUCGUUCUUUCCCCAAUGUUGCGCUCUCACAACUCCAAUGUUUCUGCUCCUACAUGGUUGCCUCCCUGUGAUCUUUGCUCUCCGAUCAUACAGUCUGCCGCUGCUUUGGGGAAACUUGCUUGGCUUUCCUUUGAAGAUCCUUUUAUAAUUCCCCACCUUGCUUCAUGUUGUUUUGCAGCGAACAUUUGCAAGAAUUAACACCGCACAUGUUAACUCAUCAUCACGAUGAUGCUCAAAGCAAUUCAGAGCCGUGCUUUGAAAAAUAAUCUUGUCAUUUUCCAUGUUUGUGUAAUUAUAAUCUGUCAGUGAGCAAUCGUCAGUGACAGAUUGGUUUCUACACUGAAAUGGCAUCAAGAAAUCACUCAACAAUGCAAUAAAGAGGUAAAUGUUUACAUAAAACUGAUGUAGUUAGGAGCAUGAGGUGGAAGCAGAUCGUCAUUGUGCAUUCUGCAACAGUUUCGUAAAGCUUUGUUCCGCUGUUGCAGUAGCCACCUGUCCCGUGUUUUCCCUCAAGGUCUUGUUCAGUGUCACAGAUCGAGACCUUUCGCAGAUUGGCUUGUAACGCCAACUCGCAAUCCUUCCUCAGAAAAUCCCCCAUGUGCUAUCUGAAAUGAAAUUAGAAUGCCCACCACCUCACAAUAUGGCGUAUUGUUUUUCCUCAGCAUUUCCCUGGAAAUGUCGCCAUUCAUUCUGGUGAAUGAUUCCGUGACCCGCAUGGAUCAGCUCCUUGGAAGGGAUCAUGUUUGAAUGGAUGAUGCUCAGAAACACAAUCUACAUUGUGCUGUGCGUGUGGUAUUCUUUACGACACACACCAUGGUGCCAAUUCAGCCUAGUAUUACCUGCUUAUGAGCUAUAAACACAUGACGUCACCCCAGGGCAGUUAGAUGUUUUACAAGUGUUAUGGAUGGCUUUGAUACGCCUCAUGCCCAAAUAGAGCAACCGUGUUGAGAGGCUGAUAUUUCUGGAGGAGAAAUUGCUGUCUGAUCUUUAUUUGAAAUAAGAUGCCAGCCAAAACUAGCUGCACGCUGCAGAUUUAUGGACAGAUUUACAUCUUGGGGAUAACAACAAAAGCUGCAUAAAUUCCUCAACUGGAUGUCAGCAAACUGCUGCGCACAGCAUUCUUUUGCCAUUGGCAGCAUGUCUGGAAACCACAGUCCAUAACAGGGCCUUGAGCGAACAGUGUGUCCAGGAUCAGUUAUACUGUACAUUUCACUUAACACUGAAGGAAAAACUGUUCCUUCCUCCUAAUGAGUACUUACAG